GCUGAUUCAGUGAUUUGUGCGCAUGUAUAGUACACGAUUCAUACAACGAUCGUUAUUAUAUUAUUACCGUUAUCCCGCCAAAACAGGAUUUGUUCGUUGGAGAGAGGACAUACUUCUAAAAUUCACUUCGUUCGAUGUCACAAUAUUCAGAGGUAUCCUAAGGCACAAAUUCCAGUAGGAAAAAUGACUCCAAAAUGAGCAGGAAAUAAUUUGAACUCUAAUAGAGGCCGAAAGAGCUCCAAAAGGAAUAUUUCAAAUAUGAAAUGCAAGCAUAAAAUGCAGAGCGAUGACAUCACCAGGAAAAAAGCUAUGGAAAAAGUUAAAACACUGGAGCUUGCGCUUGGAGAACAAGAUUAUAAUCUAGAAGUGUUACCUCUUAUUAUAGAAGUUGUCAAAUCAGUCAAAUUAUCUACAGAUUUUAUCAUACAACUCCUAAAGUUUUGCAUCAGAGUAGAAAGUGAAAAUGUUGUCAAACAAAUCCUUUCCAGUCAAAAUGUCGACUUGAAAACCUCAGAAGAAGGAACAAUACUGUGUGACGCAAUCGCUACUGGUAAUAUAGCCAUAACAACAUUGUUGGUCCGUGCUAAUGCUGAUGUAAAUGUAUGUGAUGAUAUAAAUUGCUCACUCUUGCAUCAAGUUUUGAGAAGCAGAAAGAUUAAAAAUGAAACAGAAAAGAUAGAGUUUGUUAAAUUAUUACUGGAAAAUGGAGCUGAUGUGAAUGCUUUCGAUAAUGUAGGGUUCAGCGUGCUUCAUAGAGCAAUUAAGUGUAACGAUUGCUCCUCCGAACUAAUUGACAUCCUAGUACAGUAUGGUGCCAAUGUAAUUUUUGAAGGAGAACCUAACUUGGAUUAUUUCUUUCAUAAUGUUUGUGACCGUAGACCGGAAAUUCUACUGAAACUUAUUGAUUAUCAAGUAACAGAUGACCAAACUAGAAAUAAGAGACGGGUAAUAGCAAUUAAUUAUCUGAUGAUGAGUAAACAUGAAAAAGCACUGACCAUCAUGAAGAAUAUAUUAGACCUUGGUGUGCAAGUUGAUACUAUUUACCACGUAAACGACUUGAUCGCGGAACCUACUACACUUCUGCACAAAGCUUUAAGUUUGAAAAAUGAAGUUGCGAUUAAAUUACUACUGGAUUAUGGAGCUGAUCCAAAUCAAAAAGAUAGAUAUGGUUCUACUGCACUAUUCCGAGCUACAGUUUUCAAAGACUCCACUAAUGCAAGUCGAUGGCUUAUUGAACAUGGCGCGUCUGUUCAUGCUCGAAACACAGAUGGAAGGUAUCCGAUCCAUGGUGCGUGUUUGCAUGAUUCAGAAAGGAAUAUACAUUUGUUAUUAAACCUUGAUGCAAAGCUCGAUGUUAUGGACGUUGACGGCCUUACACCAUUUUACUGGACCGGCGAUAAAUCUGAUUAUACCUCCACUCAAUGUUUCAUCAUUAAAUAUUUCGCCUUAUACACUGAAAGAGAUUUAUAUGUUUUUUUCAAAGAUUGGAUAAGUCUUGAUAUCUCUCGAAAUUAUCAAUUUGCAAAAUGCACAUUAGAAUUAGGUAAAAUGCAAAAUAAAAUGAUCUGUGAUGAUAUUUCUUAUUAUUCGUUAUUAUCUGAAGACAUGUUUAGUAUGCUACAACUAAUGAAGAAUCCUACUUUUUCUGUAAAUUUUAAGCGGUAUAAGAAAAAGCGAAUUAGGAUGUUUCCAGAAUACUCAAACAUGCUCUUGCAAUCUUUUGAAAUUGCUAAAAAAAGAUAUGACAUAUUUUUUGCAGAAAAGGAACGUCUUCAAGAAAUUUUAAGUAUAAUUUUUCCUGACGUUGUAAUUGAUAGGGUAGUAUUUUGUUUAUCUUACGAAAAAUUGACACGUUGUCGAUAUGAUUAUUACAUGUCUCUUCACGCCGGCUUGAAAAUCGGCAAAGCUUACACAAAGAAAAUUUUAUAAGAUACUGACAAAUUUUUGAAUAGAUUAUAUAUCUGUUUGAUGGACAGUAACUUAAUAACUUUCAAAUAUUACUACUACAACAAUUAUUUGUAGAACUUUUUUUGUAUCAAGUCAUGUAAGCAGUCACUUUAUGUAUAAAAUGUGAAAUUUUAUUUCAAAAUGUGAUGUAUAAUUAUUUUUGUACGUAAUCAUGCCUACGUAGAAUAAUAUUGUAUAAACGUAUUAUCGAAGUUUUUAAUAAUGUUAACUGUAUAUGUAAAUAUAAUUGAUUACAUGCUAUUUGUAUUAUAAGAUUUAUUGAAUUGUAUUAAAA